AUGCAGGUGCUUGACGCAACUGGCUGUUUGCACCAGCGAGGCAUCCUUCAUCGGGAUUUGGCGACAAAGAACGUCCUGUUCAACCUGUCUGGAGAGAUCAAAGUGUGCGACUUCGGCAUUUCUCGGGUUGCGUUUGGUGAGGAUGAUGACUUUGGCUUCGUGUCCGCGAAGGCGAUGGAGCCACCCAACAUGAUCGUCUCCCUACCAUAUCGCGCCAUCGAACUACUGCUGGGAGACGAAACAAAGUAUGGACCCGGCCUGGAUAUUUGGUCGGUGGGGUGCAUCCUUGCCGAGAUCCUUCUGUGCCAGACCGGCCGGAGGCAGCCCUUCUUCGGGGGGAACUUGGAGAACCCCAACAAGAACCCCACCAUGUACGUGGAAGAGAUUUUCCAGAUCAUGGGCAAGCCCACGGAUGAGACGUGGCCGGGUCUGCACAAACUGCCGCUGUUCAAGACCUACAACACCGGCAAGAUUAGCAGCGCCAAGCCUCAGAAGGAGCAGGGGGAUGAGCGCGCCUUCCUGCGGAAGUUCUUCCGGUCCGGCGAGGGGAAGCCGGCGGACUCCAAGUACUGCCUUACAGAGAGCUUCUUCGAGCUCUUGGCCGGGCUGUUGGCGCUGUGCCCCAAGCAACGCCUCACUGCGGCGGAAGCACUGCAGCAUCCCUUCUUUACGAAGGAGAAGCCGGUGCCGGAGUGGCACGCCUGGCACUGGGCGCUGGCCUCCGCGGAGAUCCCCCGGGGCGAUAAGAAAGCCAAGGCCGGCGAGGACGAGGCGAGAAAGCUGCUGAAGCAGCUGUCGAAGGAGGAAGUAGGCGGCGUCGUGGAGGACGACAAGGGCAAAGCUCCUGGGGGCAAGGCCAAGGCGGUGUUGGAGAAGUGGCGGGAGCAAGCCGAGAAGCGGCAGCAGCAGGAGCUGAAGCGCAGCAACUCAAUGAAGGAGAAGGCCAAGGCGGAGGAAGUACCCGGCUGGACGAAGCACUGGUCCAGUUCCCAGCAACGGUACUACUACCACAACGUCAAGACAGGCAAGAACAGCUGGACCUUGCCAUCCAAAUAAUUCAUCCCUCGAAGAAAAGGAGCGCAGCCGCCGC